GCGGCUCGAGGCGGGUCCAUAGCCAUUUCUUUUGGCUCAACCCAGUCUCGAUGCCGUGCCUCGGCGGCUCAUCGCGCCGUGCUUGUGGCACCGGAACUGUGUAUUUCUGUUACAUUUCGGACGGGUGGCUAAGAUCGAGGCGAAUCGUGAUCAUGGCAGCAACCGUACCUGUUCAUCCCUGGUCGUCGUGGAGUGUGCCCCCCUUUUCGGUUGAGUGGAACCCUUAUGGAACGAUCAGCAAGAGCAGGAGACGCGCGCUGCGGAGGCUGCACCUGGCAGUGGGUCGUCAAGCGGCACUGGAUUUUGGUCUCGUUGUCGUGGAGCCGUGGCGGGAUCUUCCGUGGACCUCGGGCCAGGCCGCCGACUGUCUGCAGGAGCACGCUCCGGCAUGCGAGAACGGUGCAGUGGCUGCCGGCGUAUUGUGGGCACCGGACCCAGACGCCUUCAGCUACAGCACGGAAGUUGCUGCAUGCGGCGAUCGAACCCGACUUUUUCAGCUCCAGCGCUGAGAUCAGAGCGAGCGCGUGUGAUAAGGCGGAGGCGGAGCAAGAUGAUCAAUUUCCUGUUCCACCGCCGCUGCCUGCUGCUAUUUUUGCGAGCGCCGCUGCCGAGGAGGAUCUGUCGGGCGAGGCCGAGCUGGAUACAGCCACGGUCGCGCCCGACCCCGCCUCGGACACGGUGACCAACGCCGACGAGGACGCGCACAUUGUCGAGGUUGAAGAGCAGAUGAACAGCUGGGCGCGCAAGAGGUCAGCCAGUCGUUCAUUUCUGACUCUGUUGAUAAGGCGAUGUUCAAGCCUGAUGAUCGGGCGACCAGUUUGCGCCAGUGCUGGCAGGAUAUUUGUGGAGCCAGGUGGGAAAGUCGCAAUUCUGAUAUAGUGUCAUCGGCCGUUCCAUCAGACUUUUGCAACAAUUGGGUCGAUGCUCUGUAAACGGGCCUGCGGUGUUACCCGCUCCCCCCACAGCAGCUCCAUCCGAAUGCCCGCAGAGCUGAAGGUGUCCCUCCUCGUUAAGGUCGUCGCGCCGCUCUACCUCUUCGUCGCGUGGCGCGUCGUGCUCAGGGGAGGAAGCCGUCAUUUUCCUUGUACCACUACGUGGGAUGGCCUGUUCCUGUUCCUGUUGCCCCG